AAGAGAAAUGAAGUACUCAAAGCACUCCUUAUAUGCCUUUAAACCCCUCUCCCAUUGGAAUCUUAGCAAUGAAUGGGGGAGGAAAUGGCAGGAAGUUAUAUGCACCAAAGCCAAUAAGGCCUAUUCCACAAAUUCAUACUCUGGCACAAAAAGCCCCUAAACUCGGUUUUUCGGCAAUGUUACUUCCACAAAGACUCAGGCAGCUUAGUCAACAUACUGAAGAGGCCAUGACCAACUCUCAAUUGGAGAAUUCUUCUUCUGUAGAACUACCAGAAUGAGAAAGGAAGGCCUCAUCGUCAACUAUCCAGUCUCAUUUGGAAGAGUCCGCUUUUAGGCCUUUAAAUGAGACCCAUGGUGAAGAGAGAAAGUCAUCUGUUUCAUCAAGGAGCAAUAUUAUGAAUUUACCUAUCAUUAAGGAGACAAAAAUUAGCAAAGACAAAGAACCACUUAAGAGAUGGAAUAGGACUGACGAUAAGCACCUCUGGAAGAUCAUCAGAACAGUGGCUGAAAGCCAGAACGAGCCUUUAGAAGAAGUUCUGGAGUUAAUUAUCAACAAUGAUCAGAGCCCAUAUUGGAAAAUGAUCCUUCCAACUUUAAGAAAUCAAGUUGAAUCUUUCUCUGAAUCCCAGACUCUGAGCCAAGUAGACAAAAAGGGAAUGAAGUUCUUUACCAAAAGGGUUAUCAAACUCAACAAUAUGAGGGAGGUAUCUAGAAGAGAGCAUAAGUUAAUCAGAAAAUUGCUAAGAGCUAACAAAAAGAACAACAAAAUUGAAUGGGAACAAAUUCUUUUCCAUUUCCCAGGUAAAAGGAUCCAAGAGCUGAUGAAUUAUACACUUGAGAAUUUCCCAAAGUACUUCCAGAAUUGCAGCUCAAAGGAUGCCCAAGAUGAUCAAUAAGCAAGGAGAAAAGAUUUCGUCUGAAUAAGUGCUGUGAUAAACAAAUCGAAAUAUCACACAGGCAUCAUGAUAAUUUCUAAAUUCUUUUAAAUAAAUUG